CGGAAGUGGCGACAAAAUUGAAGGAUAUGACAAGACUUUGAUGAAGUGUUAUCGACGCCAAGAACAAAACAAGCCUCUUCUUCUGCUUGCGAUUCAGACACGACUUUUACAACAAUCAGUCAGUUAAAACUAUGGAUGCGUGAUUAUUCUUCUCAGAUCAACCGAUUGAGAGACGUGCGCCACAAACAAACCAAAAAAGAAAUGAGCAACAACGUUUGUUUCCUUGUGUUCUUGAGUUGUCUUGGUGUUACUUCUGCCACCAACCUGGAACAAACCACUAUUGUAAUAGACGGUACACGCCAAAUCGCUGAGAUCGAUGACAACUUUGUCUGCGCAACACUUGAUUGGUGGCCACCUGAAAAAUGCAAUUAUGAUCAGUGUCCCUGGGGCUACGCCUCUCUCAUCAACUUGAACUUGUCUUCUCCUCUUCUUGCUAAAGCCAUUCAAGCUUUCAAGGCGCUGAGGAUAAGAAUAGGUGGCUCCUUGCAAGAUCAAGUGAUCUACGACGUAGGUGACUUGAAGACUCCUUGCAGUGGGUUCAAGAAGACUGGCGAUGGCUUGUUCGGAUUCUCUGAAGGAUGUUUGCAUAUGGAACGUUGGGACGAACUUAACCGUUUCUUCCACGCAACCGGGGCUAUUGUGACUUUCGGUUUGAAUGCGUUAUACGGUAGAGAGAAACUCAGUGGAAAUGCAUGGGGAGGGGAGUGGGAUCACACCAACACUCAAGAUUUCAUGAACUAUACAGUCUCUAAGGGUUACGCUAUAGACUCAUGGGAGUUUGGUAACGAGCUUAGUGGAAGCGGGAUUGGUACAAGUGUGAGUGUAGAGCUCUACGGUAACGACUUGAUAGUACUGAAAGAUGUAAUCAAGAACGUUUACAAGAGUUCUCGAACCAAGCCAUUGCUUCUAGCUCCUGGAGGCUUCUAUGAAGAAAAAUGGUACUCUGAGCUUUUUCGCCUCUCUGGACCUGGUGUUCUUGAUGUCAUGACUCAUCAUAUAUACAAUCUUGGUCCAGGGAAUGAUCCAAAGCUUGGGAGUAGGAUACUAGAUCCAAACUACUUGAGCGAAACAGUUUCAGGAACAUUCAAGAACGUUGACAGAACGAUUCAAGAACAUGGACCUUGGGCUUCUGCUUGGGUUGGAGAAGCUGGAGGUGCUUUUAAUAGCGGUGGCCGUCAGGUUUCUGAUACAUUCAUCAACAGCUUCUGGUAUCUAGAUCAGUUUGGUAUGUCGUCUAUGCACAACACCAAAGUAUACUGCAGACAAGCUUUGGUUGGAGGCUUCUACGGUCUGCUAGAAAAGGAAACUUUUGUUCCUAAUCCAGAUUACUACAGUGCGCUUCUUUGGCAUCGUUUGAUGGGUAAAGGCGUUCUCGGCGUUCAGACAAAUGCAUCAGAGUAUCUACGGACAUACGUUCAUUGUUCCAAAGGAAGAGCGGGGAUAACGAUUCUUCUGAUUAAUCUGAGUCAGCAAACUACGUUUACAGUAGCAGUCAGCAAUGGCGUGAAGGUGGUUUUGCAGGCAGAAUCAACGAAGAGGAGAUCUUUCUUGGAAACGAUCAAGAACAAGGUUUCUUGGGUAGGAAACAAAGCUUCUGAUGGAUAUUUGAACAGAGAAGAGUAUCACUUGAGUCCAAAAGACGGUGACUUGAGGAGCAAGGUAAUGCUGUUGAACGGUAACCCUUUGGAACCAACGAUCGCUGGAGAUAUCCCGAAGCUUGAACCGGUUCGUCACGGCGUGAAAUCUCCCGUCUAUAUCAAUCCAUUGUCCAUCUCGUUCAUUGUGUUGCCUACCUUCGAUGCUCCUGCUUGUUCAUGAAGACAAUGAUGAUCUUUUGGUAACUUGUAAAAACAAAUGAAAAAACUUGAAUAACAAAUAUUGGAGAAUA